AAAUAAUAGAAUCAACAUCAAAAACAAUAAAUUAAAUAUUAAACUAACAUUUAACAAUAAAAAAUGUAUUAUUUUGGGUUUGGUUUCUCUCUAUUGAACAAUGUUAUUGCACCAUGUCUUGUAAGGAAUAAGGCAUUAAUAAGGAAUCACACAUGAUUCUUCCAAUUCAACCAAAAGAAAUCCAAAAUAAUUUUCCUGAAGAGCUGAGUAACAUUUUCUUUGUCUGUUAUUACAAGAGUACAACUCAAAUAUAAUCAAGUAUACAUCUCUUCUAACUUCUCCAAGGUAACACUUUGUCAACAACUCCAUUAAGACUUGUUUUAACUACAGAAACGAACUGCUUGUGAAAAACUGAAAAUCUGAGUAACCUUGAAUUGUGAUGAUGAGACAUUAUUAUAAAUUAGAUCAGAUAGUUGUACCACAGGGAGGGAAGGUGGCUUUUGCUUAAUUGUAUUAUCUUUGUUAUUCCUUUGCAGUUCUUUGUGAGGGGAUAUUAGAUGGAAAGUUUCUAUUUCUUUUGGUUAAAUCAUUCAGGCUACCGAUGUCGUCUGUAGUCAGUCAGCCAAUCAGCGCGACCGUUUAUUGCUGCAUUCAAGUUACAUGGGAUGAAUGAUACUCAUAUUAACGACUUGCCAGCAUUAACGUCAUUAAGAUGGUUCUUUAUAUCCAGUAUCAGUUUGAUUUUCAGACACUCCCAUAAUAUUACUCACCAAGUCGUAUGUAUCAGAGCUUUCUCUCAGUCGUAAUUACGAAUUGGCUUUUGAUGUGAACAAGAUUUACAAGUUGGAGUCUCGUAAAUUACAACAAUUCAGUCAUGCCGUGAAGGCGGCAUGUGACCCAAACACGGAAGCAGUACAAACGGAUGCAAAAGUAAAAAGUUCAGGUUCCUGCGAUGUCACAUAAACGCAACCUAAACUAAACGUUAUUACUAUUACUAUCCACACUAACUGUUAAAACAGCAGAUACGUUUUGGAUGCUAUUGUUUUGUCCAGAUGACUUUCUCUUGGUUUCGCGUUGCGGUGCCGCUUUGUGUUGCGGUGUUAUCGGCUGCUGUCGCCUUUCUCGCACACAAUCAAGCGAUGCCGCCUCCUCUCCCUGCCGCUCUCGGUAUCUGCUCUCUGGCCGGGAUGGCACUCAUCUGGAGGGACAUUAGCUCGAAGAUGAAAGGUGAAAGCCGGACACUAAGCAGCCUGCUCAGCCAGUACUUGGCGGUGAAGGGAGUCGGCUGGCUGGGCAGACGGCAGAGACGGAAACUUGAAGCCGAUACGCUCAAUGUGAAGCAAGUUCAAGAGGAGACUCUGCUGAAGCGCCUGCAGAAAAACCAGCACACAUGUUAUGGAAAACAGUAUGACUUCAGCUCAAUAAAAGACAGCGGUGGCUUUCGGGCGCGUCACCCCAUCACCACAUACGAGCACUAUCGUGAGCUCAUCGGUCGCAUCGCUGCGGGAGAGGAGAAGGUGAUCAUCGCUGAGAAGCCGCUGAUCCUGGCCAUGACCUCUGGGACAUCGGGAGCCAGCGCCAUGCUGCUCAGCACCAAGGACACUAACACUGAGUUCUUCCUGCAGGGAGUGACUGUGUGUUUAGACAUCAUGCGGCAGGCGUUCCCCGCCACAGAUAGCCUCCAGCGCACAACCAAGUUCUUCUACACACCGACUUUUCGCCAGUCAGAAGCUGGCAUUCCCAUUGGGCCAAACUCCUCCACACCAGCCUCCUCCCACCACAUGCUCAACCUCUAUACCACCCCAGCACCUGCCUUCGAGGUUCCCAGUGAGAAGGACACUCUCUACCUGCAUCUCCUCUUUGCUCUGAAAGAUCCCAGUGUGGGAACACUGGAGUCCAACUUUGCCUCCACAGUCUUCUAUGCCUUCACUGCCUUACAGGAGCGCUGGCAGGAGCUUGUAGAGGACAUUGAGAGAGGGAAGGUCAGCAGCGCUCUGGCUCUGGAGCCUAAAGUGAGGGCCAGACUUGAGGCUCUGAUGAAGCCAGACCCGGAGAGGGCUGCUCAGCUCCGGGCUCACUUCCAGGACGGCUUCCGAGGGAUUGCAAAGCGCCUCUGGCCUCACCUCCACCUGGUGCUGGCAGUGGACUCAGGCUCCAAUCAGAUCUACGGGGACAUGUUGAGGGAGAACUACUGCCAAGGAAUACCUUUCUACUCGCCCUUCUACGCUGCUACUGAAGGUCUCAUAGGGGUGAAUCUGUGGCCUGAGGAACCAAACAGACGCUACCUGCUGUGUCCUCGUUCCAUGUUUUGUGAGUUUCUGCCAGAGAGCAGCCUGGAGGAGGAGACGCCUCACACUGUGCUGAUGGAGGAGGUGAAGGAGGGAGACAACUAUGAGCUCGUUAUCACAAACGCUUCAGGACUCUUCAGAUAUCGCAUUGGAGACAUCGUGAAAGUAGUUGGAUUCCACAACCAGUGUCCUAUUGUUGAGUUUCAAUACAGACGGGGUCAGAUGUUGAAUGUUCGAGGGGAGAAAGUGUCUGAGUCGCUGUUCCUUGAUGUUUUGAAGAAAGCUGUUGCUCAGUGGCCCGGAGCACAGCUGGUUGACUACUGCUGUGCAGAGAGCGGCAUCUUAGGAGAUUCGAUAGGCGGCUCAGAUCCUCAUUACCAGGUCUUUAUAGAGCUGAAAGGUGUGAGGAACCUCACAGAGGCACAGCGAUAUAAGUUGGACAUUUGCCUCCAGCAGGACUCGGCUGUCUACAAGUCUUUCCGUAUCAAAGGCAGCAUCGGACCAAUGAGGGUGCAGCUUGUAGCAGAGGGUGCAUUCAAGGAACUUCGCAAGCAGAUGAUGGCCUUCUCAAACACGUCACCCAACACGUUCAAAAUGCACCGGGUGCUGCGCAGGAAAGAAUACGCCGACUUCCUCUUGGGAAAAACAGUUUCCUGAAAUCUGAAGGAAAAGGAAUUGUCGGGAAAUGAGACAGUAUGUGUGUGGACUGUAGUGAGCACUGACAGAAUAUAAUAUCUCCAGUUGUUAUAUCAGCGACUCACGAAUGAGUUGAUGAAUUGUGCCUUUUGGAAAGUGACAAACACAAAAACAGAACAUCAUCAAUUAUUGGCAAAGAAAAAUGUUAGUUUGACUGAUUGAUUGUUUUGUUGUUUCUUUGUACCAUAUUUAUAAGUUUAUUAAAGUGAACUGUUAAGCUGU